UCUCCAUCAACAGAAUCAACACAGACAAGACAAUGGCUCUCACUCCUGAGCUGCAAACUCUCACCAAGGCUUUCUCAGGACUUGGAGUUGAUGAGAAGGCACUGGUAGCAAUAUUGGGAAAAUCGCAUCCUGAGGAAAGGCAAUCCUUCAGGAAAGCAACAACUCCCCACUUUUUCAAGGAAGAUGAACGUUCCUUCGAGCGCUGGGAUGAUCACCAUAUCAAGCUUCUAAAGCAUGAGUUCUUGCGUUUUAAGAAUGCUGUGGUCCUAUGGACAAUGCAUCCAUGGGAAAGAGAUGCUCGUUUGGCAAAGGAGGCCUUGAAGAAAGGUCCAGAAUCAUAUGGUAUUCUUGUUGAGAUUGCAUGCACGAGAUCGUCCGAGGAGCUAUUAGGAGCUAGGAAGGCCUACCAUUCCCUCUUUGAUCACUCCAUUGAGGAAGAUGUUGCCUACCACAUUGAUGGCCCUGAAGGCAAGCUCUUGGUUGCUCUUGUGAGUUCCUAUAGGUAUGAAGGAUCAAAGGUUAAGGAUGACACUGCAAAAUCUGAGGCCAAAACACUUGUUAAUGCCAUUAAGGAUGUCGAUAAGAGGCACCCCAAUGAAGGUGAUGAGGUGAUCAGGAUACUAUCAACAAGGAGCAAGCCCCAUCUCAAGGAAGUCUCUAAACACUACAAGGAAAUUUCUGGCCACGACAUUGAUGAAGAUCUUGAUCAUGCUGUGAGGUUAAAAGAGACGGUGCAGUGCCUGUGUACUCCUGAGAAAUAUUUCAGCAAGGUCUUGGAAGAUUCAUUGAGAACUGAUGUCCAUAAGCAUACCAAGAAGGGAUUGACUAGAGUAAUUGUUACCCGAGCUCACUCGGACAUGGUGGAGAUCAAGGAGGAAUUCGAGAACCAUCAUGGAGUCUCUUUAGUUGAGAAAAUUGAAGAGACGGCUAAUGGGAAUUAUAAGGAUUUCCUACUCACAUUGCUUGCAAAAGGAGGCUGACUAAAACGGCAGGACGGAAAGUUGGGGUUUGUCGGGAUUAAUUGGAAGCAUCUCUGUGUUACCCUUUUCAAUUGUUUUCGAUUGUUUGGCCUUUUCAUGGCUGUUAUAGCUAUCUGUAUGUGUGUUGUGUUAUCAUUAAGAGAAACUGAAAUAAAUCAAUCAAUCACUGAGGCAUUUUAGCGUUUCAA